AAUGCGGUAGGUUACAGCAAACUUAAUUUUAGAAAAAUAAUAAAAUAUGGCAGAAGAAAACAAUUCACAAAAGAAAGAGGAUUCCAAGAAAAAACACAAACGUUUUCCAAACAAAAAUUAUGCUGUUAAAAAGAGGCUACCGCUUCGACCAAUUGAUGGGAACAACGUGAUCUUUAUUACGAAGAAAACAAAUUUUAAGGCGCAAUUGGACAAGUGUUGUGAUCUUCUUACUAAAGGUGAAAAGGAAAUAAUACUCCACGGUUUAGGAGCUGCCAUUCAACGGUGCUGUAACCUAGCUUUGCAGCUUGAAAUAUUGUUUUCUGGUACUUGUCAAAUAGAAGUUAACACAGGCACAGUAGACUUAGUUGAUGAUUUGGAGCCUUUGACUGACGAUUUCGACUUUGGAACACAGGUCAGGCAUACAUCAUCAGUUCACAUAAGAGUGUUUAGAACUGCAAUGCUUGGCGCGAACCAGUAA